AUGCAGCAACAGCAGUUCCAGGUGCAGCAGCAAGCAGCAGCAGUUGCACAGCAGCAAAUGCAGGUGGCACAGCAGCAGCAGCAGCAAAUGCUCAAGUUGCAGCUGCAUCAACAAAGCCAGCAGCAGCUCAUACUGUCUUUUGCAGCUGUUUCUGUCAAUUCUGUCCCUGAUUCCACGCUGUCAUCCGAUGUUAUUGAGCAGAUUUUGCUUCAGAAAAUAACUGCAAAAGAAGAUGAAAUCAAAAAAGCAUUCCAGAUUAUUGAUAUCGAUCAGACACUGAAGAUCACGAAGGGUGAAUUUAGAAGAGUGAUUGAAACAUUCAUUUUACCUCUGACAGAUGAGCAGUUUAAUGUGGUGCUGGCAAAAGUUCCAGGAAUUACCAGAGUUACAGUUCCGUAUCUGGAGUUUUUGUCAAUGUUUUCGAGGCCCAUCAGUAGCGUCAACGGAAAGUGGAAUAAUCUCCAAGAAAGCCGAACCAGGACCUUAAGCCAGAUGGAGUGCCUCUUACGAGAGAAGAUUUCUAAAAAGAUCAAGCACUUCAUCAAAACUUGCAGACUUUUUGACUAUAAUCAAAAUGGACAGAUCCAGCGGCAUGAACUAAGAAGGAUUCUUGAAAUCAACUGCUUCAAGAUGACAGAUUGCGAGUAUGAUAAAUUAUGGAAUCGGUAUUGUAUUUCAAGAACAAAUACACUGAAUUAUAAAGAAUUUUUGCAAUAUCUUGGCAUAAGUUUGGAGAAGAAAAAGAAAAAGAGAGCUGAAAAGAGAAUAGAUUCAGCACAGAAUGAAUCCCCAGAAAGCAAGACUAGUGAAUCAAAGAUGUCUUUACCUGCCACAACUGGAUACAACUUGACAAAGAUCCAUCUAGAUAACACUGCAAAGAAUUUUAGAGAAAAAUUGCGUUCAGUCUAUGAGGAUGUUGUAAAGGCCUUCAGAGCAUAUGAUGUCGGUCGAAGUGGAUUUGUUUCUUUGGAAUAUUUAAAAUCAGUUCUUAGCACAUUUAUAUUUCCAAUACAGCAAGAUGUCUUCCAAGAAUUAAUGAAUAG